AUGGCCUCCAAUCACGUGCAUCUCGAUGAUCACCACGCCGGCCAGCAGAGCAACAUGUUCGCCCGGCCCGAGCUGAACACGUUUGAUAACCUGUUUACCAAUGCCCACACCGACCAGGCCUUUGACGCCAGCGCCUGGAACUUCGAGCAGCAGGGCGCCGCGCCGCCGCAGUGGCAGCAGCAGACUCACCAGCAGCCCAUGCCUGCCACUUUCGACUCCAGCGGUGCCUUCUACGCCGGUCGUGACUUCUCCAACAGUCCCGCCCCGUACGGCAACCAGGCCUUCGCCGAUCACGGCGCCGUGGCACCGCAGUUCCAGCAAAAUAAUGUGGACCCUGCCCUGAUGUCGUCCGCCACCGCGGACCAUCCCAACUUCAACAACUCCAACAUGCGCAUGUACGCGACCUCGGCCGCCCAGGCCAGUACCAUUGCACCGCAGGCUCUGCAGUCGGCGCGCCAGGCCUCCUAUGGCCCCGGCACGCCCCCCGUGGCCGACUUUCAGCAGAGCCAGCAACGGCAGAGCAGUGCGGCCCAGCAGCCAAUCCUGGCCAGCACUCCGCCCGCCUCCGUGCCGGUUUACGUCCCCGCGCCCCCUGCCAAGUAUCCUGAUGCUCCUGCUGGCAAGCCCUCAGGCAAGUUUUAUAUCAUCGAUGCCAAUGAGCUAGCCACAAGCACCAACUCGAUGCGCUUGCACGAGUUCCUCUACAUCGGGAAUGAUGCCAUUGAAAUGCCGAUCAUGAAAUCGUCUCUUCCUCAGUACCAGGCCCGCAAAUCUCGCAAUGAGCUGAGAAAGCUCGCGGCGAAUGACGAGAGACUACGAGCCAAAAUCGCGAAAGCCUCAAAGAAGGCCAAGACGCCCGCCGCCAAGAUUGCGCGCACCAGGCCCAUUUCUUUUGGCUCACCUUCAAGUCUUAGAGAUGAGAUAUCUGACUCCUCGAGCGAGGAGGAGACUUCCGAGGAUGAUUCUGAUUACGAGUCUUCUGAUGAUGAGACGCCUGAGCCCUCACCUUUGCCUGGCACUCGCCCCAACGAAGCCCUUCCUGCAAUGAGAUACGACACUAUCAAGGCUACCUGGAGGCCACGAAAUCUACCUGUCACAGCUGAUGAGAUUAGAGCAGCAUUGAAGGAUUACUGGGAUAUCCUCCAGGCUGUUCGGAACAGGUGGAAGGAGGACCAGUCAGCGUUGAAACUGGCGCAGGAGAAGAACUCGAGAGACAUAGAGUUGCUCAAGGGUAGAGUCAAGGACCAGCGUUCCUUGAUGGAGAUGGCCAUGAAGUGCGCGCUCGAGCAUGGACACCCGGACGUGAUCAGAGUACUCGGAGGCAACGCUCCCCUCUUGUUCCUCGCAUACCAGUUCUUGGCAGACCGCAUUAGAGAGAAUGAAUACAACGACCCUUUCUCUAAGACAAUAAUCGAGUUGCUCUCUCGGAGCGAGAACAUCACCAUGGAAAACAUUGAGCGUACCAAGCUCAACACGGCCUUGAAGCGGUAUCUGAACAGGGGAGACGAACGCACAAAGCCGCGGGCCGAGAAGAUUCUAGAGCGUGCCCAAGCAAACUCGAAGAAGUCCGGCCCUACCACCACCAACGGUGCUUCGGAGAAGAAACCCGAGGUGAAGAAGGAAGCAGAUCCCUCCAAAGAGAUCAAGGGUGAGCCUGGUACGCGGUCGCAGCCUUUGGCUGUGGCGGGUGUCAAACGGCCCCGUCCUAGUGACAGCUCCGCCCAGCAGCCAGCUAAGAAAAUAACCUCGGCCGCGGCACCCUCGACGGCUAUGCCUGCUGGUGCGAAGACAGCCGUCUCUGGGCUGAAGAAACCUGGCGCUACGACAACAACUAGCUCAGCCAACGGUGCAGCGCUGACGGCUGCCAAGUCAAAAAUGAUGGCAAAGCCCAACAUGUUCGCUGGACUCCAGUCUGCAUCGAAGCGAUCCAGUGUCACUGUCCAGAAACCAACCGCUGGAACAACCGCAGCACCCAAGAAGCCCGCAGCACCUGCUUCUGCUGCACCGAGAUUUUCAUUUGCUGAGACCAUGGCUAACUUGACGAAGCCGAAGGAGCAGCAGCCUGCAUCAAAACCAGAGGAGAGCCGCCCGCCCGAGACAGAAGAAGAGAGGGCAAAGCGCCUUAGGAAAGAGGAACGCCGCAAGCUGCGAGUCAAGUGGGCUGACAAUGGCCUCGGAAAUAAAGACCAACUGGAGUCUGUCCGCCUUUUCACCCACGAUCCCGAGGAAGAGCUUGGCCACGACGCAGCCAUGGUUCGCGAUGUAGCCGACGUCGGUGGUGAAGGACGCAUGUUCAAGCAGCACAAGGAUAUGAUGGACUUGGACGACGAUGACGAUCGCCCGAGCGAGGAGGACUUCUAUCCGUGGCACGCGCCGUCACUUGUCGACUUCAGUUCCGUUCCGGCCGCCGAACGAGAGCGCAACUACGAACCCUACGGCGGAGGAGUCCUCUCGGUCGACUCACCUGAGAAGGCGGUCCAAGAGCAGCACGAGGCCAACACUCUUCUCGUUUUCUACACCUCACCUGGCGAUAUCCCGCCUUGCCCUCGUGAGCCUCCGGAGGACGAACAGCGGCCCCACCCUGAUGCAAAGGAACCCUUCAUUGGCAUGCCUCCUGGUGAAUCGCCAUAUACAGAACGCGCCAAGCGCCACGCCCCUCCCCCGCCACCCGCUCCCCCCGCAGACAUCCCAAUGCCCGACCUCAGCAGCAUCAUGUCAAUUCUCAGUCGAACUCAACAGCAGCAGGCACCCACUCCACCGCAGCCACCUCAACCGCCUCAGAUACCCCAACCUGCGCCCCAAACGAGCGAACUCGAAAGGACUUUCUCGAUGUUUAUGCCCCCACAGCAGCCACAGCAGCCACCGCAGGUCUCGCAGCCGCAACCCCAGCCGCCUGCUUCAACUGCGCCACCCUCCGCUGACAUUCAAGCCAUCCUGGCCAGCCUUGGCAAUUUGACCGGGCAAGCUCAGGCCCCUCAGCCCCCGCAGCCCGCGCAGCAACCUCCACCUGCUCAAUUCCCAGGAAUGGCCAUGAACGCUGGCGGCACACCCGGUUUCGAUCUUGCAGCGAUUCUGCAGAGCGUUGGCAACGGCGGCGCACCCCCUGCUGUCCCAGCCUUUGGCAUGCCUUUGCCAAGUCAGCAGGCACAACAGCAAAACCCCCACCAGCCAUUGCCAUCGCAGUCGGAGCUGUUCCAACAGGAGGAACGUACCAAGCGUCAGCGCGGCCCCGACGACCACGGAGGUGAUCGCGGCUGGGGCAACCAACGCCGCAAUAAGAAGUGGAAGAACAAGAAAGACCCAGACUACCAGCCACCACAGUUUGUGGUGCCAUGCAAGUUCUGGAAGGAGGGAAAGUGCAUGAAGGGAGACAAGUGUCCUGUACACUCAUCCUCUUCUGCCUCUACAAAACCUCCCGCUGCCACUGCCUCACCGCCUCCUACUGCUCCCACUGCCCCGAAGAGCAUGACGGUGCCUCAGGGCGGAAGUGGAGGGAAGAAGAAGAAGAAGAGGAAAGGUAAAAGGUACAUGGAUAGAGACGCGAACGGAGGCGAUCUUGGUGCCGGCAUCAUGGAUGACUGA